AUGGAGUCAAAACCAAAAGACGAAUCUUCCGUACAGGGUGAUGCCGUCGGGGACACGUCUGCCUCUAGUCCUACCAACAAUCUUCCAACCAAGAAUGAGUUGACUCCAACAGAGACCCAACAUAAAGUCUCGGAGCGAGACGUCGAUGACACGACGGUUUUUUACAACCGUCAGAAAGACAAGGUUGGACCACUCACACCAGAGCUGCAGAACAAAAUCAACAAGAAGAACUUUUGGUGUCUUCUCAGUCAGACAUGGUGGAUCGCUUUCCUCAUCCAUUUGGACAAGUCGACCCUGUCGCAAGCCAGUACAAUGGGAAUCUUUGACGACAUUGACAUGUCCAAGACAGAGUACAACAACUUGUUUGUGCUUUUCUACCUUGACUACCUGAUUGCUCUUUGGCCUGGUGGCUAUGUCGCCCAACGAGUCGGGCACAAGCAUUUUAUCAAUGCAUCAUUGGUUCUAUGGGCACUGUUGCUUGGUCUUCAUCUCGUGGUCAAGACGGGCAGACAGAUGAUGGCUUUGCGCUUUUUUCUUGGCAUGACCGAGUCGCAAAUUGUCCCGUCCACGACUGUGCUGCACCAAGCUUUCUUCACCCCCAAGAAAAGUCCUUGGGUACAGCUCCUAUGGUGGGCUUCGGGAAGUUUUGCCAAUGUGCUCCUCACCAUGGUUGCCUACAAAUUGAUUGAAGACGACGACGUUGGGACACUAGUCGGUGGGCUGAGUUCCUGGAAGUGGCUGCGUAUUGUCUGCGUUAUACUUACAUUCGUCGUCGUGGUUCCAAUGUUUUAUUUUCUGCCGAAUUCUCCAGUGGAUGCAAAGUGGCUUACGACCAAAGAAAAGAUCCAUACUAUUGCCAUGAUCCGUGAGACAUACUCUGGUAUUGUCAACACUACAUUCAGAUGGAACCAGGUCCGCGAGUGCUUUACAGACUUAAAAAGUUGGCUGUUUAUAUUUCACAUGUUUUUCAACGAAUUGCCAAAUAAUACGUCGCAGCAGCUUCCGUUAAUUAUUGUCGGGUUUGGCUUUACUCCGGCUCAGAGCGCACUAUUCAACAUAGCCAAGCCCUUAUGGGGAUCGUUCCUUAUACUGGUCUCAGCAGCGAUGCUAUAUGCAACUGACCUUGGCGUGGGAUACACAUGUGCCAUUUCUUAUAUUCCCUGCUUUGUCGGUGGGAUCAUGGAGUUGGCUUCGCCUUGGGAGAACAAGAUUGCCCUUAUUGUAGGCACCCAAAUCUCAACAUUCAAACCGUCGUACGUUUUGGGUCUGUCAUGGGCAGGCACCACUACGACGGGGUACACAAAAAAGUUGACUCUAAUGGGAACGUGUAUCGUUGCUGCAUCCGUUGCCAAUAUGAUCUCUCCGCAAUUCUGGCAAACUCAGUAUGCACCUAGAUAUAGACUUCCCUGGGCUUUCAUGACAGCGUUUUGGCUUAUUUCGCCUCUAAUGUGUCUCUUCAUCCGGUUUUACCUAGACAAGCUCAAUAAACAGCGAGCAGAAAUACUCGCUCAUUCUCGAGCGAACAAUGUUGCCGAGAUUCUUGAUACAGGCAGUGAAGAGAUCAAGAUUGACGAAGAAGACCUCGACGCAACAGAUCGACAGAAUCUGCACUUUGUCUAUCCUCUCUAG